AUGUCCCUGCCUCAAGAUCCCACGUCUACUCUUCAAUCGCUCCAGACAUCCAUCGCACACCUCUCUGAAAUUCUCGACCCUGUCCUCUGCCAACAGCUGUCGGUGCUGAGCCAAAAACUAGAGAGUGGAUCUUCUCAACCCGACGUACAAGUUGCUUCCGACCACGCUUCGAAUGGUCAAGCGGAAUCGAGCAGGAGCAAAACAAAUGACGCAGCGAAUAGGAAAGAAUCGGGUGGAAGGUUGGACAGUGCCAGAUUGAACAUCAGCGUGGCGUACGUCUUGUUGGACCUGGUAUGGAGUGAGUGUGGCUUCAACUAAUGGCAACCAGAGCGAUGAAUGAGCGCAUAUAUGCGCUCGUGUCUCUUUCUCUCUCUAGCCCAGGAGUAGCGCCAGAGCAACACGAUGGUGUCUUAUUCUUGACUACGGACAAGCCAUUUGAUGUUAUUUGCCCUCUCUCCCCCAUCUCCCUCCUUCCCAUGCACUUCUUGCAAACUACCUCUCACAGUGUAUCUCCGAGUAAACUCCAAAGAUCCCAAGACGCACAACGUCACAGCCUCUUUGGAACGCGUCAGGAACUAUUUCCAAAAAGUCGCAAUUGCUCAACGAAAGUUGCCUCGACUUGCACCGCCAGCUCCGAGCGGUGGAAAUGGCACAGACGCCGGCGCAGGAUUGGAAAAGCUAAAAGCUGCCGGAUUUGGAAAGGAGGAGAGAAGAAUGCCGGUGGAUGGUGUAGCAGCUGGACGUUUCGUCAAGGCCGCAUUGGACAGAGGAGCAGGCAGAUCAACCUCUUCCAAGUCUUCCAAAUUAGAGUCAAAAGGUUCUCAUACGCGAUUCGAGGUUCAAGACGAUGACGAUGACGCUCCGAAUCCCAGUCGUGCAUCUCCAUCUACCUCAUCCCUUUUCAAACAGAAGAAAGAAAAACACCAACAAUCUAAAGCUUUGGACGCGAAUCUGAGCAAGAAGGACAAAGUUGCCUCCUCAACGCAACAGGAGGUCAGCGACAAGAAGCGCAAAUCGAGCGAGUCAUCCGCCACCGGCGCUGCAAAGGUCGAUUCGACCAAGUCGGAUCCUUUAUUCCAUGAAGCAAAAGCUCUUCGCAAAAAGCUCAAGGAGGCCAAAUUGGCCAAAAAGGCAAAGUUGCGGUGA